AUGGAAACACAGAAGUCGAAGCUUGCAAAAAAGAAAAACAUCUCCGAUGAUGUAAAAACAAGUGGAGAAGAUUCGAUUCCUCUUGAUCUCAUUCCAGAUAUACUCAAAGGAUUGCCUGUUAAAACCCUUGCAAGGUUCCUCUGUGUAUCAAAGACUUGGUCAUCCAUCAUUCGCAACCGUGAUUUUUUGAAAGUCUACUUGAUCAAGUCGUCGUCGACUAAUCCUGGAGGUCUCAUCUUCACAUUCAAGAGCAAACGUCACGGAAAACACUUCUUCUUCUAA